AGCAUGCGCAGAACGUUCUGUGGCCCUUCCUCCGUUCCAAAGCGGCGACGGCGCUGGCGCUGUGGCUGCAGGGUCCCCGGAUGUAGCCAUUGGAACACCCCCCGCAUUUGGGACUUGGAAGGAGCGGGGCGCGCGUCUCCCAAGCGGUCGGGAAAGACCAUUGCGGGGCUAAAGAGGGGGGUGAGGCCUAGUUGAGGAGAAAAGAGAGGCGGGGGGGAUUUACUGUUGGAGGCUGCGGAGGCCGUCCCUUUUCUGUGCCCGUCGUUCCCCGGAGGCUGAGGGCGAUGAGCAACUCGAGGAACAACCGCGUGAUGGUGGAGGGGGUCGGGGCGCGGGUGGUGCGGGGCCCCGACUGGAAGUGGGGGAAGCAGGACGGCGGCGAGGGCCACGUCGGCACCGUCCGCACCUUCGAGAGCCCCGAGGAAGUGGUGGUGGUCUGGGACAACGGCACCGCCGCCAACUACCGCUGCUCCGGCGCCUACGACCUCCGCAUCCUCGACAGCGCCCCCACAGGAAUUAAGCACGAUGGAACAAUGUGUGAUACUUGUCGCCAACAACCAAUAAUUGGUAUUCGAUGGAAAUGUGCAGAAUGCACAAAUUAUGAUUUAUGUACAGUGUGUUAUCAUGGGGAUAAGCAUCAUCUGAGACAUCGGUUUUAUAGAAUAACUACCCCAGGAAGUGAAAGGGUAUUACUGGAAUCCCGUCGUAAAUCAAAGAAAAUCACUGCAAGGGGAAUCUUCACAAGUGCCAGGGUAGUACGAGGAGUUGAUUGGCAGUGGGAAGAUCAGGAUGGUGGCAAUGGACGUAGGGGCAAAGUAACUGAAAUCCAGGACUGGAGUGCAUCUAGUCCACACAGUGCAGCAUAUGUUUUAUGGGACAAUGGAGCGAAAAACCUCUACAGAGUUGGCUUUGAGGGCAUGUCAGACCUUAAAUGCGUCCAGGAUGCAAAAGGAGGGUCCUUCUACCGUGAUCACUGUCCAGUACUUGGUGAACAAAAUGGUAACAGGAAUCCUGGUGGACUACAGAUUGGUGAUCUGGUAAACAUUGAUCUUGACUUAGAAAUUGUUCAGUCUUUACAGCAUGGUCAUGGAGGGUGGACUGAUGGAAUGUUUGAAACCUUAACUACCACUGGCACAGUUUGUGGCAUAGAUGAAGAUCAUGACAUUGUUGUGCAGUAUCCAAGUGGCAAUAGGUGGACCUUUAACCCUGCUGUCCUCACCAAAGCCAAUGUUGUCCGAAGUGGAGAUGCUGCUCAAGGGGCUGAAGGUGGCACUUCACAGUUUCAAGUGGGUGAUCUUGUCCAAGUUUGUUAUGACUUAGAAAGAAUCAAACUGCUUCAAAGAGGACAUGGUGAAUGGGCCGAAGCAAUGCUUCCUACUUUAGGGAAAGUUGGAAGGGUCCAGCAGAUCUAUUCAGACAGUGACUUAAAAGUAGAGGUUUGUGGAACUUCUUGGACAUACAAUCCAGCUGCUGUGUCAAAAGUAGCAUCAGCAGGCUCUGCUAUAAGCAAUGCAUCUGGUGAGAGAUUGUCACAGUUACUGAAGAAACUGUUUGAAACUCAAGAAUCCGGGGAUCUUAAUGAAGAACUGGUUAAAGCAGCAGCAAAUGGGGAUGUAGCCAAAGUGGAAGACUUGCUUAAGAGACCAGAUGUGGAUGUGAACGGGCAAUGUGCAGGACACACAGCUAUGCAAGCUGCUAGUCAGAAUGGACAUGUUGAUAUUUUGAAAUUGCUUCUGAAACAGAACGUGGAUGUAGAAGCAGAGGACAAAGAUGGAGACAGGGCUGUUCACCAUGCAGCUUUUGGAGAUGAAGGAGCUGUGAUAGAGGUUUUGCACAGAGGCAGUGCAGAUCUCAAUGCUCGCAACAAACGCAGACAGACACCUCUUCAUAUUGCUGUUAAUAAGGGUCAUCUCCAAGUAGUAAAGACAUUACUGGACUUUGGUUGCCAUCCUAGCCUCCAGGACUCUGAGGGUGAUACACCUCUUCAUGAUGCAAUAAGUAAAAAGCGCGAUGACAUCUUGGCUGUACUUCUAGAAGCUGGAGCAGAUGUUACUAUUACAAACAACAAUGGAUUUAAUGCUCUCCAUCAUGCAGCACUGAGAGGAAAUCCAAGUGCAAUGCGAGUGUUACUUUCCAAGCUCCCAAGGCCAUGGAUUGUCGAUGAGAAAAAAGAUGAUGGCUAUACUGCCUUACAUUUAGCGGCACUUAAUAAUCAUGUAGAAGUAGCAGAACUCUUGGUACAUCAGGGAAAUGCUAACUUGGAUAUUCAGAAUGUAAACCAACAGACUGCACUGCACCUUGCUGUUGAACGACAGCAUACCCAAAUAGUGCGGCUCCUAGUCCGUGCAGGUGCUAAACUGGACAUCCAGGAUAAAGAUGGGGAUACUCCCUUACAUGAAGCCCUGAGACAUCACACCUUGUCACAACUCCGCCAGCUCCAAGACAUGCAAGAUGUGGGCAAGGUAGAUACAGCUUGGGAGCCAUCAAAGAACACACUGAUAAUGGGACUGGGUACUCAGGGAGCAGAAAAGAAGAGUGCAGCAUCUAUUGCCUGCUUCCUGGCAGCCAACGGAGCUGAUCUUGGUAUUCGUAAUAAAAAGGGUCAGUCACCACUUGACUUGUGCCCUGAUCCUAGCCUCUGUAAAGCCUUGGCUAAAUGUCACAAAGAGAAAGUCAGUGGCCAGGUUGGCUCCCGGAGUCCUUCUAUGAUCAGCAAUGAUUCAGAAACUUUAGAAGAAUGUAUGGUAUGUUCUGAUAUGAAGAGAGAUACUUUAUUUGGCCCAUGUGGACACAUUGCUACUUGCUCACUUUGUUCACCAAGAGUCAAGAAGUGUCUUAUCUGCAAAGAGCAAGUUCAGUCAAGAACAAAGAUUGAAGAAUGUGUGGUAUGCUCAGACAAAAAAGCUGCAGUACUGUUCCAGCCUUGUGGACACAUGUGUGCUUGUGAAAAUUGUGCCAGCUUGAUGAAAAAAUGUGUGCAGUGUCGGGCAGUGGUAGAGCGAAGAGUGCCUUUUAUUAUGUGUUGUGGUGGGAAAGGUACAGAAGAUGGCACAGAUGAUAUUACAAGUGGAAACAUUCCUGUUCUGCAGAAAGACAAGGACAAUACCAAUGUCAAUGCUGAUGUACAGAAAUUGCAGCAGCAAUUGCAGGACAUAAAAGAACAGACCAUGUGCCCUGUGUGUUUGGAUCGUCUGAAGAAUAUGAUAUUUCUGUGUGGUCAUGGAACAUGUCAGCUUUGUGGUGAUAGAAUGAGUGAAUGCCCUAUCUGCCGAAAGGCUAUUGAACGAAGGAUCCUAUUGUAUUAAACUAUAAAGUGUCUUACUUUAGCUUGUCACAUUAUUACCAUGUUUUGCUAAUUGAAUCUCCAUAAGCUUAAGUGGCAGGUAAAAGUUUCAUGUGUUGCAUUUUAAGUGCUGAUAAUGACAACAAAAAUCAGUAUUUGAGUGCUCAGCCUCUCACCGUCAAGAAAGCUAACCCAGUUUAGGUUAAUUAACAGCAUAGUUUGUUUUUAUCAUUUGUCUUUUUCCUUCUCUCUGCCCCCUUUAUGUUAAAGGGACAAUCUUGAUUUCCCCUUUUGAUAUUUUUAUUUGAUAUAUAUAUAUGAGCUCUUCAUUCAGCAGUGUUGAUUUUUAUACUGUCAGUUUUUCAUGUAUAAAUGUUUUUAAUUCUCUAAAUUGUAUUCAAUUUUAAGAUAUUUUUUUUCACACUAGUGUCAGUGCUCAAUUGCAGCGGAAAACUAAGCCUUGUAGCUUGUCACAGGAAUAAAGAAAGGCACAGUAUUUUACUAUUACAUGUUGCCUCUAAAAUCUAAAAGCCUAUAAUUCUGUGUAGUCUGUUUUUUGCUCCAAGUUGACUUAAAGGAGAACAAAGUACAAACAAAACUGUUCCCUAACCAAGUAACCAGGAGACUAGAACAAGUUGGCAGCUAUCGCUAUCCAGAUGCUCUUGGACUGCAGCUUAGCAUAAUCUCUCACUCUGGCUUUGUUGGGUAAGGCUGCUGGAAGUUGUAGUGCAAACACCUGGAGGUUCACAGUUGCCCACUCUUCUCUAGAAUAAAACAGCUGACAAACAUCUGAAACAGUGAGACUACUGAUGUGAGGCUGAACUUAAUACAUAUCAUUUCCAAUAAUAAAAAGCAAAUAUUUCUGUAUACUUACGAAGCUUUUUGGAUCUCAACUAUAAUCCUUUCAGUUGAGGAAUAGGUCUAAAAAAAGACUUUUAACAGAGCACAUUAUUUAAAUACUUGGAGCCAUUCUAGCUGUAAGGUUGGCUCAACACUCAGUAACAUUUCAAGUAGAUCUUUUGCAAAAAUUGAUUUAAAUUGGUCUACUCUAAGUAUGACAAACUAUGGAUCCAAUCCAUGAAUUAGAAUUAUACAGUAUUUGAGUACUGUUUUAUAAUAAGGGAAUACAUAGUCAGAGUUUUAAGAACAGUUGGAACAAUGGCAUUUCCUACAAAAGUGCUCCUGAUUCUUACAGACUUCACAAUAUGUGUGAACUGUUGGGUUUUUUGGUCAAUAUUCUUGAACUUCACUGGGAUCAUUUAGUUUUUAAUUCAUAUUAACUAAGGCAGUGGUCAAAUGAUUUGUGAGAUUUCUUUAAAUUGGGAAGCUCCUUGAGUAGAGUUUAAAACUUAAUAUAAGAGCAGUUUGGGAAAGCAGUUUGCUCUGAUUGUUCCGUGGGAGGCUAUAGAUAGAAAGAUUUCCAGGUGUUAAAGCAGAUACUAGAAAUAAUUGGCAGAUAUAUUUAUUUCCAGUUAAAUUCUUCUAAGCAUAUGAAGCAACAAAGGAGAUAAAUGAAUGGCCUUUUCAUAGCAUUUUAUCCCUGUUAAAUUUAUUUUAUCAAAGAAGUUGUUUGUAGAAACAUUCUGUAUUUGGUGGAUAUAAUCUGUGUGAUAGAGAUCUGAGUUGAGAUUUUUAUUUUUAUUAAUUUUUAAAUUUACAAAUAUCUGCAGAUUACCUGGAACACUGCUGAUCAUGUAUCAGGAACACUAUUUAUGGAUAGAAGCAGGUGCGGUAUUAAUGCAUAAUGGCAUAGUGCCUCAUAAAUUGGCAGUGUUCUUCACUGCUGCUAAACUAUAAUGUUAAUACUUGAUUUCCUGGAGCGUCCAGUUGUUCACCAGUUGCUAUAGCUAAAUGACUGUGUUUGCAGUCCUGUGCAUACUUGGGAAUACAUCCCACUGAGCUUGCUAUGGUUUUGUUCUGAUAAGUUUGAAGUUUAUUAUACCAAAUUAUAAUAAACUACAUAAAAAUUGAUGGCUCGUAGAGCUACACUAGAAUGAAGUUCUUAAAUAUGAUACACAUGGCAAAUGUGUACUGGGAUGAAGUAUACAUCUGUCAAAUGAGUGUGAACUCAUUGAUUCCUAGUUUAUAAAAUGAUAAAAAGUACAAAAGAACUCUUGUACUGAUUCUGAAAUUGUCUACUGAAUUGUAUAGUUCCUGUUUCAAAAGCAAACUAUUUAAUUCCAAUUUGAUGAAUUUUCCCCAUAGGUAGUUUCCUGGGUAAAGACACCUGCAUGCAUAUGUCAGAAAUAACAAGCUAGAUUUACAGACAUUUACAGUCAAAUUGAUUUGAACACUAAGUUUUUAUAGGGAGUUAAACAAGAUAAGGAAUGAAAAACAGAAACGUAACAGAAAAGUUAAUGUCGUAUAUCAUUGAUGGAAGGCAAGUAUCAAUCCUUUCUUGACAAAGAAAUGUGUCAUAUACAGUGAUAUACCAAGAAGGCUGAAUGAUAAACUUAUUGAAAUGUUUUGUCUCCUCUGUUCCCUUCCAUUUCUGCAAUAAUUUUUAAAACAUGAAGUUGUAUAAACAGAUGUCUAAGAUGACAUAUACCUAUAAGUAAUUCCCACUCAACUCAGUGGAGCUUACUUCCGAAUAGGCAUGUGUAGGGUUGUGCUAGUAACUCAGCACGUAAAAGGAUGGACGAGAGGUGCCACUCUCACCUCAAAUCUACUAGGACACUUUUGAAAAGUAGGACAUUUGUUAUAUUAGCACAUCUUAACUUUUUUGUGUGUUUUGAUGAUAUUUUAUGCCAUUCUGUUCACCAUGUAGAGGAACAAGUUUUUUAUAACAACUUUUAGCCAACAGAAAAUGCUAUAUUGAUUUAAAUUUUUCUUAAUUUAUUUGAUAUGUACUUUAUUAAACUUUUAUAGUAUAUGAAGUCAGAUAUGGAGACUUGAAUUUAUAUCUUUAUUAAAGUGUAAAUACAAACCUGAGGUGGAUGGCUUUGUCAAAAUGUAUUAAAAUACAUACAUCUUAGAAGCUGUAAUUGCAGUCCUGCUCAGAGAAUCACACAUGAGGCUUACCCUUAUGAGACACAACAGUAUUCAAGAUGGAGCAAUGGGUCUGACAACUGUUGAUCAGCUGCCUAAGUAAAAGUGCAUUCCCUUCAUUCUGUCUCUACAGUGUCUCAGCUCCAAUGCCUUGCAUUGUGCUUGUGCUGCCUAGCAGCUGUACAGAUAAGAACAAAAAAGGGGGAAGCUGUGGUCACAGGAAUCUGGGCAGAAUUGUUGGCACAAUUUCAUAGCCAAUAUGCGAAAAGAAGAACUGUGAAACACAACAGCUGGAGCCUACAUUUUGGUUCUGUUGAAACACAGUAGAGUGGGCCAAUUUUAGAAAAUGACUAAGAUGCACACACAUUGUAGGUGGUAUGAAGAGAGAAUGAGGUACAGGUGCUGCUGGUUCUGUGAAUCAUGCAAGCCUGCACCCUAGGAAUUGUUUUAACAAUAUUGCCACUGAGCUUUCUCUAUGCUCUGGUACCCUGUUGUUCCUCCAUUCGUGUGGUAGACUGAUUCUUUUUGCAUAUAGCUCUGAAAUAGCAGGUAGAUCUUUCACCUCUCUCUUUUAAUAUUAGUGCUAAAUGUGGCACUGGGAUGCAAAAACUCUAUCAUUGUGUACCUGUUCCAUGCAGCCAAUAUGAGUAUAUAAUUUUAAUGAGAUGUGCCUAGAAAAGUGAUUUAAAAUACCUUGAAAAAUUGAUUGAUGUGAAUUCAGCCCUAGAACUGGAAAGCUACUUUUUCCCUCCUUAAAAACUUAGUGGGGACAAAAUACCCUCACGUUUGCUUAUUUUCAAUAACUUACUUAAAAUCAAUCCUUUAUUUAUACUAAGUCCGUAUAUAGCGUAGAAGAUGCUGUCAUAAAUAUUUUAGCUUUUAGAAGAUGCUAUCAUAAAUAUUACAAAGGUAUUUUUUAAAAACUUUAUAUAUAACUUAACAUUUUUUCAGAGUUGUGAUUGUGGCCCCAAAAGUUUGGAUGCUAUCCCUAGUUCUCCCGUAUGUGUUUGAACAGUAGUAUUCAUUUUAAACUUUUGAUGUGGCAAGAAUUGUGUGAAAUUACUUCUGUUUGGCCUGAAACAGACAGUCCAAAUAGAACAGUAGGAGACUAUGUCGGCACCGUUUGUGCUGGGACCGUGCCAACCGCAUGUGCCCGAUCCCAAUCGGGGCUGCUGGAAGGAGUGGGUUCUACCCGCUCCUUCUUGACCUGGUUUAUGCAUCAUGUAAACAGCAACCCCCCCCCACAACGCAGGCUGAAGCCACAUCAUUUUGCCCAUGUGUUUUGGGCCUUUGCUGGAUAGAUUGAGGCGAAUUUGGGUUUGGUCUAUGGUGCAAGAGAAAGGCUUUCUCCUUCCCUUCUAUUAAAAGUUAUUCUUUGUUCUAAGUUUAAAAUGUUUGGUUACCAUAUAUGUGGUUGUGCUUCCUCUUUGCACAGCUAUAAGCCUGGGAAAUGACUGCACUGCUGAAUUUUGUAGAAGUUCUCAAAUUUUAAAUGGAAUAAUGAAUUUCUUGUUGCUUCUUGAGAAUAUUAAUAUAGUGCACACAAAAGUAUCAGUAUAUAUAGUUAUAUACAGAAUUACUUUUGAUGCUGCAAAAUAUUUGCACAGUACUAGUUUGGAACAUCUCAUUUAAGAACAUGGGUGCAAAAGCAUAAACUUAAAAAAAGUACACCACUUUCUUAAUUUUCAAUAAAAGUUCAAUUAGUCCUAACUUGGUCCCUAAUGGGAAUCUAGUGAGAGACUUCAACAAGUGUGCCUUCUCACUAUAACCUUAAUGUGCAUUAUUGUUGGAUUUGCUCAUCAAAUCUUAAUAGUCUUUUUUGCUUUGUAAGAUAGGAGUUAGAUAUUUUGUAGAAUUGGUGUGUUGAUCAGUGUAUGAGUAUGUGUGUAAUAUUAUUGGUAAUAUUGGACAGUUUACAUAUUUUACUGUUUCAGCGGUUUAUACUAGAAGUCCAUAUCCUUCAAGGCUUCCUUGACCAUUUGAUUGGAGAGAGCUACAUUCCUCUUGUGUACACACACAGUGUAUCUAUCCACUGAAAUGAGGAAUACUCAGAUAUGUUUAACUUCCAUGCUCACAUCAGUAUGUUUUCAAAUCUCUGUAAGUCUAACAAGGAAUGCUACUGUGCAGCCUCCCAUUUGUUUAAUCUGCAUUUGGGGACCACUACAAGCAUGUUAAAAUAGAUGAGGAUUAUGUAGCAAUGUCAAUUGAUGAAUUGUUUCCUUUUUUUAAUCAAAGACAUUUUGUUUUCAACUGUAAUACACUACUAGUGCCAUGUGAUAUCUAUAAUAAUGCAAAGUGACAUGCUGAAAUUCUGUCUUUCUCAAGUAUGGUUGCCCCUGUAGCAAUGCUUAAGUGGUCAGAAAGUCUUAUACUAGGGCUCUGUGCUCAGUUUAUUCCAGUUUUUAAAUGCUGUAGCACAGCUUACAAUUUCUGUGUGGCUACACUGUAGGUUAGACUGAUUUCUAACAGGGGUGGGAUACAGACCGCCCAAAAAGGGUGGUCUGCCGGUGCCUUGCUUUGCUCCGCGAGGAAGCUGCAGUGGACAAACCAUGUGGCUCCCUCGCAUAGCAAAAAGAACCUGCAAAAAGCGGGUUCUUUUCCCAGUGCACUUGUGACACUCAAGUGCUCCAAUGGCACACUCGUGAUGUUACAAGUGCACUGCGGCAUGCAGACGUUAGGCUUCUGUCACGACAAAAUGGUGGCACCUGUGUGUACAGGGCACCGCCAUUUUGAUGCCCUUGUCACGUGCUAGGGGUGAGGCACGUAUGGGUGGUGUGCCCUCGGCCAACCCCAGCACAUGACAAGGGCGCACUUUAGGCCGGUCUGGAUUGGGCCUCAGUUGUUUUUUUUAAUCAGACCAAUUUCUUUAAUUCAAAUGCUAAUCACAUAAUGCUAUCUCCUAUCUGGAUAUGUUGCAUUGACACAAUUGGUAUUUACCUUACCGUGAACAGUGUUGGUCACUUUUUUUAUACUAAAGUUUCAUUUUUGUUUUUCAUUGUGUGUGUUACUAGGCAAGGGAAGGGGUAAAAGAACUAAUAAAUAUGGCUAAGUCCUUACUUUGGGGGAUGAGCACAAUGAUAGUAGUGAGAGAGCCAUAAGUAAUGGUUAUAUAUGCUAUGUUAGCAAAAGAUUUGCCUCAUUAUGAAAAGGUAGCUGGCCUCUCAGUUUGUCUCCAGUGCCUGAAUUCUGUAAGACUGCAUGUGUCUUUUAACUAAGCGCUCUACUACAAAAUAUUUUGGACCAAAACUUGUUUUUUCCAGCCUUCCCAUAAACUUUCCCUCCCUCAAUCCAUUUCUCCCUCCAUGGUUUGACUGUGUGAAUGCUCUCAGCAUUCACAGUUAAACCAUCUGCCCUGUGAUUCAAAGUAGGCAUUGGCCCUGACUAAAUUUCAUAUAAACCCCACCCCACCUCUACACUAUUGGAAAGGGAAAAUGCCAUGUUCUCUAGCUUUUAAGUACCUCCAAGUCACCCUUUGACUUUCUCAGUAGGCUGGGGUGAUACUAACUUUUCAAUACUGUACAUUCAUGUUCUGUCUUUGAAAUAUUUAUUUUAAAUAUGUAUUUUCUUAUGUUAAUAUCCUGGAAGACGUUCACUACAAUCUUCAUAAUUGUAAAAGUGGUUUGACAGUUUUUCAGACAACUGACUUUUAAUCAAAGCAAAGGCUUUUAAAGAACUUGAAGCUCAAUCAUAAGAAUGUUUACCUGGAAAUAAGUCCUACUGUAUUCAUUGGGAGCUUAAUAGCAAUUGAACAUGCCCAGGGUUGUAGUCUUAAUGCUUUGAAAAAAAUGUCAGCUGUCACAAAUUGUGUUCUUAUGGAUACAAAGAGCUGCCCGUUAGCUUCAGUUGGUAAUAGCAAUACUGAAACAUAGGCCAAACCCCAUGGAAGUGGGCCAGAACGAGGUGAAGUUUCUGGGCUGUGCCCCACAGAAACCUCCCAGCAGACUGACUCUUGGAUCAUAGCCAGGCCUGUGGCAUUGCCAAGCAAUAGGCAAGUAUGCUGCCAGUUGUAUGAGGGGAAAUUACCUGCCAUACAAUGGCAGCAAGUGAGCCUAGCACCCCAGCCCUAGAUAGCAGCAAUGAUGCAGUGUGGGAUUUCAGUUUAACUCCAUAGCGGUCUGUAUUGAGUAAGCUGCUGCUACUGUUGUGUUCCUACUUAUGGCGGCCCUAAGGUUCAUGGGGUUUUCCUCAUGUUUCUCCAGAGGAGGUUUGCCAUUGCCACUCUCUGAGGUUGUGUGACUUGCCCAAGGUCACCUUGUGCGUUUCCAUUGUCAAACCAGGAUUCGAAUCUGGUGUUCAGAGACAUAGUCCAACACUCAAACCAUUACACCACACUGGCUCUUGAACAAGCAAUUACUUAGGUGUAAUUUCUGCCAUGAUACUAAUGUAAUGGCUUACAACAAUGUAUCAGGCUAGCAAGGAUCCAUCUGUACAGACGGUUCUUCAGUGACAUUUUAGACCCUGAAGAGCAGUGUACUACUCAGAAGUCCUCUCCUGCCCCACCUACCACAAUACUGUCUUCUUUUUGCCAAGUUGUGGUGGUGUACCAAAUAGCAUUGGGCUCUUCUGCUACACUAGUGAAAUGAAUGGCUCACACUUGAUACGAUGCAGAAGAUGGGGGCUCAACCAUAGCAGUGUGUGAUCCUACUCAGUUGUUUUUGGUUUAGCUUGACAGUACUUUGUUUAACCAUGUAACCAUGUUGUUUCAGUUGGCAUUUCCUAUAUUCAAAAUGCAAGUCUGUCUAGGAUUUCCCAGAUGUUUCUAGUACUAGAUUAAUGUAGUAUAUUUCUUGGCACAAUAUCAGUUGUAUUCAUACAAUGUAGCUUUUCUGUCCUUAAAAACAGUGUUUCAGUUAACAUUGCUUUGUUGGAUUCAUUUUAAUUUAUGUGGAUACCAUUAAUUUUACAAUGAAAAAUAUUUUUCCAUAAUUGUUUUGAUAAACUGUCUGAAAAACAAAUUAAUGUACUGCAUUAAUAAAACACAAAUGAUGAUUUUAGUGUGUUUUCCCCUCAGACUUUAGAAUGAAACAACUUGAAGGUGACUCCUGAUAGCUGAAUGAAUAAAUGUGUAGCUACUUGAA